AUGCCAAAGCGCAACAAGUUUUCUCAAGCACAGAAUAUUGGGAUUCUCAUGUCUCUUCCAAAGAGAUUUGGCAUGAAGGUGAGUGCCAUCGAAGAAGCUCAAAACAUUAACCAAAUGAGGUUAGAUGAUCUAAUUGGAUCUCUCCAGACAUUUGAGUUGAGCAUCAAUGAUAGAGCUGAAAAGAAUAACAAAAGCAUAGCUUUUGUUGCCAACACUGAAGAUGGUAUGGAAGAAUUUGAUCUGGGUUCAGAUGAAGGAAUAUCCAAUGCGAUAGUAUUUUUCGGGAGACAAUUUAACAAGAGACAAAAGAAGGUUUUAUCUGUAACUUGGUCUGAAGAAGACUCUGAUAGUGACAUUGAAGACGAAUCUGCCAAACAUGUAAAUGCUUUAACAAGCAUAUGGACAUCCGAUGAUGGUGAUUCAGCGUAUGAUGAUCUAGCUGCUUCAUAUAGAGAAUUGUGUCUCAGAAGUGCUGAAUUGUGUGAAGAAAGGGAGAAACAGAAAGGUCUGGUGCGCCAACUGAAUGAAGAAAAGAAAGAACAAUUGAGGACUAUCUCUGAACUGGAAGAAGAGUUCAACAACAUAGGGAAGUCCAGGCUGAAUCAUGAAGGGUAUGAACAAGGAAAAAAAAUUAUAUACCUAAAGAAACAUGAGAAAGACUCAGCUGUGUCAUGGUCAGGGGAAAGACUCAAAGGAGAGAAUAGAAGGAAAACAAUCAAACAAGAAGAUAUCAUGAUUGAAGCAUGUGAAUAUGAUGAAGAGUCUGAUACUGAGUCAUAUGUUAGAGAACUUAUUGUGUGUGAACUUGCAGCAGGAUUCUCUGAGACAUGUUUGGAAAAUGAAAAACUUCUUAAAAGAGUAAUCGAGCACACAAAUAUUGUUGUUAUACUACAAGAUGCGAAAAAGAAGCUCUUAACAAUCAUUGAGAAUCUUAAAAGAGAUGGUGUGCUGUUAAAUUCAAACCAACACAACACGACUCAAGUGUCAAGAAGGUCAAGCACUAGUAUGAAAGAUGAGAAUCUCCUAAGUGAAAGAGUCCCUGAGAAAACAAGAAACCUUGACUCUAGAAGCCAAGUUAGGAUGAAAAUUAAGGAGGUUCCUCAAAGGCAGAAGCAGAAAAUAUCAAAAUCCAUGUCACAACAUUAA